AUGAGCAUGGCCAGUAAGUCCAGAGAUUUGCCUCGAGUUACCUUCCAGGCUCCAGAGAAGCCUGGGGAGGAAUCAUCCCACAAGAAACUGGGCAAGCUAACAGUUAAGUACAACCGCAGAGACCUUCAACGCUGGCUAGACCUGGAGGAAUGGAUUGAUGCCCAGUUGCAGGAGCUGUACCAAUACCAGCUGCAGGAGGAAGCAGACGCAGCAACCCCUGAACCAGAAAUUGACAUUGAAGAUCUUCUAGAGGUCUCCAACGAGGAACAGAAAUCAAAACUACAGGAAAUUCUUCAUGAGUGUUCCAGACCUACAGAGGACUUCAUUACGGAACUGCUCAGUCGACUGCAAGGUCUCAGGAAAAUCCCUCAAAGGAAAUGA